UACGUCAAUCGUUGUAUUUAUAUUCCAGCUGUCAAAAGCCAAUAUUGAAUUUUCUCUGCUCCGAUUCAUAAAAUUUGCACGCUUCAAUGAGUUUUUAAUUACGUAGAGUACAUUUCCGGUGUGAUAAUGGUUAAGAUAAUAUUUCUUCACCCGGAUUUGGGUAUUGGUGGAGCGGAAAGGUUGGUGCUCGAUGCUGCUUUGGCUUUUAAGAAGAAUGGCCACGAAGUAGCAUUCUACACGAACCAUCAUGAUCCUACACACUGCUUCGCGGAAACGAGGGACGGGACCUUCCCUGUGUCGGUCGUCGGAGAUUGGAUCCCGCGCUCUAUCUUUGGCAGAUUCAAAGCGGCCUGUGCCUAUGUGCGCAUGGUGUACGCGGCUGUUUACAUGGCAUGGUACGUCAUACCGGCAGAAGAACCAACACUUAUAUUCUGUGAUCUAAUUUCUCUAUGCAUUCCAUUUUUAAAGUUGGCUAGAGGACCUUUCCGUGUUGUAUUUUACUGCCAUCACCCUGAUAAACUAUUGACCUCUGAAGGUGGAAUACUAAAAAAGAUAUACAGAGCUCCAUUGAACUGGUUGGAGGAGCUGACAACUGCACAAGCUGAUAAGGUGUUAGUAAACAGUAAAUACACUGCAAGGGUGUACCAAGAUGCAUUCCAGAGGAUAAAGGAUAUACCUGAUAUCUGUUACCCUUCCAUAAACACUGAGUAUUUCAAGUCCACAACACCAAAGCCUCUAAAAGAGAUUGUACCAGUGGGUGCAGACAAGUUUGUUUUCUUGUCUAUUAACAGGUAUGAGAGGAAAAAGAAUCUUCAGUUAGCUCUGAGAGCAUUUGAGCAUUUAAAACAUGAGUUAAAUGAAGCUGAUUGGAAUAGGGUGCAUUUAAUCAUGGCUGGAGGAUUUGACCCUAUUAACUUGGAGAAUAUGGAACAUUACAUUGAACUAACUGAUCUGGUGUCCGAGUUGGACAUUGAAGAAAAGGUGACAUUCAUGAAGUCACCUAAAGAUGAUGAGAAAGUGUCAUUACUCUAUAAUUGUAAAGCAUUGGUGUAUACUCCAUCUAAUGAGCAUUUUGGAAUAGUGCCAUUAGAGGCCAUGUAUUUCCAGAAGCCAGUGAUUGCUGUGAACAGUGGUGGACCCACAGAGACAAUUGUCAAUGAUGUCACAGGAUUCCUUUGUGAGCCGAACAGCAAGUCAUUUGCAAGGGCCAUGAGCAAGCUUGUAUUAAACCCUGAAUUAGGAGUAAAACUUGGUGAGGCUGGUCUAAAGAGGUUUGAAACAAAGUUUUCAUUUGAUGCCUUUACAAAUCAAUUAGAUGGUAUCUUGACAAGGGAAAGGCAGUUGGUAUCGGAAGCAAGAGCUAUUGAUUAUGAGAACAGAAAACGUAAAUAACAGGAUGCCAGCACCCCAACAAUAUGUGAUAUUGUUUGAGUGCUAAAAAACCUUUAAUCCAUAGUACAAUCAUUGUAAUAUGGCAACAAUUUAACAAUUGCUUAAAAAGCAUUUGUAUUCAAAAUAUUUUCUGAAGCUAUUGCAUUGUUCUGUAACAUAAACAGCUAAAUGUUAUGUAAAUAUUUGUGUGUACAUAGAAAAUAUUGUAUUCUAAGUACAUUUCUUGCAAUCUUUAAAUAUACUACUUGAAAUGUUCCAUAUGGCUGUAUUCUUAAGCUUUCAUUGUUGUUAAAGUUAUGAUGCAGUUUACCUAUCUAUACUUUUUUUUUCUCAUUUUAUUACCCUCACAACAUAUGUAGUUUGUUACAUACAGACAUAAAUAAAAAUUCAAACAAAAUGUAGACCAUUUUAACUCUUGAAGAGUUUUCUUUGAGCAAAACUUGAUAUGUACUAAAAUUCUGCUUUCUAUAUAUUACUUCUUAAAGCCUAUAGCAUCAGCUUGUGUCCGGUUUUCUGUAAGUUUAAUCUCUAGAAAUCAGAGGUCAAGUCAACAUCAUUUAAUCAUACCAGUAUACAGAUAAUUAAUAUUUUUAUAUAGUGUGAAUAUAAACAUGUCUAAGCUGAUAUUUACAUUGAAAAUUACUUUAAUAUUGUAUAUGUAAUACAAAUAAUUGUAUUUAAGAGUUUGAAAGGUUUCUCUGUCCUUUGUAUGACAUUCAUCAUCUUUCAUAAAAAAUGGGUAAUUACUAUUGCGCAUAUGGCGUUGUUCCAAACGGUUGAUGUCAAAAGAAUUACACUAAAAUGCUAAUUUUAUGUCUGGCCUCAAAGAUGCACGUCUAUAUUGAAAAUUAACUCAAAAUUUCAUGGUUUGAUGGCCUUCUGUAAAGCGUGGCGAGAAAGUACGAUUUAAUCAGUUUCACAUUAAAAUUUUGUCUCUUAUAUUAUGCUUUGGUGUGAUAACAACAGCGUGAAAGAUCAACUUUAUACCGUUAAGUCUAAACGGGAUAAAGAAGUCAUUAAAAUAGUUGGCAUUUAGAAAAUAGUUAGCAUAGUAUUUCGAAUUAAGGUUGCAAAUGUUUAGUGUAUGUAUGUUUAAAAGUAGGAAUUUAGUGGGAACUGAUUUAUAAUAGACUGAAUGAAGACUGCAUGCCCGUUAAUUGAUCUACCCAUUUUUGAAGAUCGUUUUUGGAUAAGUUUCGUAGCCGGCCUCUGCCACGCUUCUUACUUAUGAGUUGAUUCGUCAUUUUUUUCAAGUUAAAUUCUAUACGUGGCCUUUUUUUUUCAAUCUUGUUUUGGUUUAAUUAUAUACACUAUAGUUUUCACGUUAUUUUUGUAUUAGAGAAACGAAUUGAAAUUAAAAAAAAUCGUAACUAUAGUAAGAAUGUAGACAAUAUAAAUGUUUUCUUGUUUAUAAAGUAGGCAUAUUGUAAUAUUUAAGCAAGAUAAUGUAAAAAAAUACCUUACCUGCUGAAAAAACAGCUCAGUCUAUUUAUAACAUAGAAUUAUUGAGAUUUAUUCAGAGAGAUAAACUGUGAUUAAAAGCCGCUACCUCUUCAAAAAAUCCAGCAUUUAAUAAAAAAAGCUUUUGUUUGAAUUUAAAAUAGAAUUUAUCUUUUCAUAGCAAUUUUCUUAAAGCCUUUAAGAACUUUCUUAAUACCUAUGUAAUAUAACUUGAUCUUGUUACAUAACAUUAAAAUAAUAAGUAGGUACCUAUGUAUAAAUGUAAAGUGUAGCUACUAAAACAGUAGUGUUCUGUUUGUUGUUGUUUGUAUUUACUGGUGUAAAUAAACGGUAAGA